UUUUUUUUUUAUUGAUAGUUUGUAUAAUACAUCAGAGGUAUGCGUAUGCAAAUAGUGUAUUCAUGGCAUACUGGCAUAUAUAGUGAAUCUGUACGAACGAUUUUCCGAUUAUAUUUAUUAGUGUGAUAAUUCGACAUUGUAUAUCACGUGUAUAACACUGCAGGGAAAUUCUCGCUUGCUUGAAUACUUAAGAGUCGUAGUCGGAUACAUGAUCUAUAUAUAACUGGCAUACAAUUUUGUUUAUCAAGUAUUUCGCUACUUACAAACAACCGAGACUGCGAAAUAUAUCGACGGUUAAAUAUAUAUACUGUAACUAGCACGUGGGAUGGCAUUUACGGGCGGGACAGAGCUUGGCGAAAAUCUACCGAAAUACAAGAAGAAGACGACUGAACGUGUGAAACGUUACAAACGCCUUCUCGAGCUCGCAAAACCGAAAUCAAUUGCAUCCCAGGAACGCCCAAAUUCUACUACUUCCUUAAAGCGGAUAAAAAAAUCAAACUUCAAAAAUGGCGGCGCUCUCAAGCAGUUCAAUUCGGCAAAAGUUUUGGAUGCAACUGAAGAUAUCAAGUGUGAAACUCUCCCAACAAAGAAGUCAGUGCUGGGAUACAAGAUAAGCGAACGUACUGCCAGACUGGCGGAGCCGAGAAUACGCUUCGAAAUGGGAAUCCGCUCACCAGGAACGGUGCAAGAAUCAGCGUUAUUCGCCACAGCAUCGAAAAGACUCAUCGAGCUUGCGACGCCAAAGAAUAGUACGCAGCGAACAGACCUACCGCAAGGAAAAAGUCCAAAUAUAAUAUCUAAUUCCAGCGUCAGUCGAAAUGCUCUAAAAGCCACCUGCACCCCAAGGAUCGCGAAACUCUCCGUACCUAAACACUCCAAGUCGCCAAUUAAUGCCAAUGAAAAUACGAAAGCCAAUCAUGGUGAUACUACUGCCAUUCCAAUAAAACCUCCACUGGCCAAAGAAGCUUUUGAAAAACAGAGAGAGAAAAAACACUUUGCUAUUCACGGAGAAAUGAAAUGAACAGUUGUUAGUUUUGGGAGAAUUUUCGAAGAAUUCGAACGUACCACAUACCGAUACCUAAUAACAACGGAAAAACUUGCGUUUGCAAUGAGAAUGCUUACUGGCAUCAUGUUCAAAAUAGUAAAAAUAAUAGUUUCUUGUCCUUCAUUUUAUACUUGUAUCGAUUAAAACAUAUACCGUUCUAUGAUUUUAUUUGUCAAACUAUUUUUAUAUACACUAAUAUUAUAAGUAAUUGAAACUUUUAUUAAUACAUAAAAUCUCACUUCUACAAUGUAUUUGGCUAGUUUUUCUAGUUCAUCCAAGCUCACAAAAACUAAAAGAUCGACUUUCUAAAUUGACUUUGAUAUAAGAGAAUCUUGAAAGCUUCAGAAACGAGUUCCGAAGUUUGGAAAAACAAGUUCUCAAAUAUUUUUGAAAUCAAGACAUAAACUCUCAGCAUUCAAAACAUCAAUUCAAGCAAAUAGUUUCGGUCAAAUGUUUCAUUUCGAUUUCCUGUACCUAAAAGUAGUUUCUGAUAGUUGGUUUUCUAAUGUGAUUGUUCAAAUAUUAAAACAAUUUAUACGGACCGUAAGUUCCACUAUAUAUUUUUGUUUUGUAAAAGUUGAAAUUAUAACAAAAGUCUAACGCUGAAAUACCGAAAAGAACAAUAUAGUUAUCAAUCGGUAAAUUGUAUGAAUAUAAUACAAUAAGAGAUGCGACAAUGGAAAAUUUAAAAAUAGGCUUGUUUUUAUUACUUUCAUACACAUGAAAAAAUGGAGGCUUAUACUAUGAUAUAUUUAUUCAAGGCACUAAAGAUAUUUGCUUAAGCAUCAUACUGAUGAUCGCAUAUAAAAAUGUUACACAUAUAAAUCUAGAUAAAGGAUUGCAUUUUAUCGUAAUAAUACAAUUCUAUAUUUGCAUAAUUGUACAUGCAUAAUAAAUAGCUCUUA